AGUACGCACUCGCGCUGUUAUCGACCAUCGGGAGAGGAGGCGAGAGAGCCGAGCUGGCUCGAGCAGAACCGAGCGGCGCCGAAUCGCGGUCGGAGAAGCGAGUCGCUCCGGAGUCGUCCCUUCGUCGGCCCAGGACCUGGAUCCCGUCCUGUCGAGCGAGCCGCCGGAUCGGGGAUUCCGCAGACCGUGCGUCGCGCGAUUCACUUCUCUCGCGAGCGACCGCGCGAGGUCCCCUCCGCUCCCGAAGCGCGGAGGAAAGCGGGAAAUACGCGAGGAGACGAUCGUCGCGUCGCGCUGGCUCGGCACUCUUUCGCGACGGAGGAUCAGAGACCGUCGCUGUGUUUACAUCUCACGACAGGAUACCAGGAUCUCCUGACUUUCUCUCUCUCUCUCUCUCUCUCUCACGCUUUCCGUUCCUUUCUCUCUCCUACUAUCUCUCCCUCUUUCUCUCUUUCUCUCCUCAAUAAGAUUAGGAGGACAUUAAUUAAACCCGGUGAACGUGACACGUGCGACGGAACGGCCCGUCUCUGGGAGAAUCAAUCCGCGCCGUCGGGACGCGUGUCCUUCGCGACUCGCCGUCGUGUAUCGACACCCUCGUCAUCCCGAUUAUUGAUGGCACUCGGAGUGUGCCGUGACGGCCGCGUCUUGAUUAACUCGACGCGACUCGCGCGUUAAUUCUCGUCCCGCACUCGUCUCGCCCACCAGUUACCAGCCGCGCGUCUAAUAACUACCAAUAAGUAUCGAGAUCGGGCUUAAUUUUCAAGCUUGACGACUGCUUGCCCGCGAUAUUCCGACCGUCUCUCCUAGCUGUGCUCUCGAGCGCGCUGACGAGCGUCGUUUUCCUACGACAGCGUUUUCCCGCGUCGGUCUCGCGAGUGCGGGUCACGUUUUUCUCAACUUCGUACGAAUCGACGAAGCUUUCGCUCCCGCGAAGCUUCCGCGAAGCUCGACGCGCGAAUGGCAUCGCGAAGACGCUCGUCGACUCGUUGACGCGCCGUUGGAUGCGGUUUCUCGCCUCUUCGACAACGCUAGGACAGCGCAAUGUGGCCCCGUUGACGACGUCCGCUUGGGUACGAAGAGCGACGAGGCUCGUGAUUAAUCGCGCGGAAUGAGAGCGACGGCGUUCCUCCCGUGCGGCGGUCAUGCCCCGUGACCCGACGACCGCGCUUGCCGAGUGUUUUGGCGACUCCACCACGUCACCGGGAACCAUGGAGAACCUGCUGGAUCGCUGCCGCAGCGGCGUCACGGAAACGUGUCCGAGCCGCAGAUGAGGAGAUCGCGACCAGGGCGGCUACUCGGUCGGCGAGGGAUGAAAUCGUAAUAAAUGAGAUCGGGCGAGGUGGCUGAACGCGCGUGAGAAAGGAAGGCGCUACACGGGUAUAACGCGAACGAUCGCGACGACCCCGACGCGACGGGCCCCCCGGUUGAAACGAUAAUGGGGUCCUUGCCGAAUCUGCACGAGCUGUCCAAGGACAAGCUGGAGAGCCCGGUGUACAGACCGGCGCCGAUCGGCGGUCUCGGCCCGAUGCGGUUGCCACCGCAGCCUCCGCCGUUGGCGCACACUCACAGACGCGCCAGGAGCGGUGGACACCAUCACUCUACCUUGUGCGACAAUGACACAAUGAUGGAGCACAUGGCGGCGUACUCGCCGAUCUCCUGCCGGUCGACGCGCAUCUCGGCGUUGUCCUGGCGACGUCGCGACUCCAUGAACUCGUCGGCGGGCGCGUCGUCGGUGCGCCGUUUGAUCGCGGCGGUCAGAGCGGCGCCGUCCGGGCCGCGGCCGCCUCGCAGGGCGAUUCUCCGUCACUGCGUGGCUCUCCUGCUGGGACACGCGACCUGCUCGGCCGCGAUGCUGCCGAUCUUUCCGUUGCAAGCGGGUCUGGGCGCGUUCGAACCUCACAUGGGCCCGGCCUUGCUCGCCCUCCUCUACGCGAUCGCCGCCGUCACCAGCUGCUUCGCGCCCAUCGUCGUGCAGAAGCUCGGCACGAACCUUACCGUCAUCGUCAGCCACUUGGUCACCACCAUCUUCGUCGGCGUGCACCUGUAUCCCAAGUGGUACAUACUCCUGCCCAGCUACGCGAUGCUGGGUGCCUGCGCCACCCCGAGCUUCCUGGCGAGGACGUCACACGUCAACGUCUCGGCGACCAGCCUGGCGCUGGUCUGCGUCGAUCCCGAGGAUCCUGACGAGACGCGACGCGAGUGCCUGCUGAGGCGGCUCAACCGGGGAAUCAAGCUGGCCGAGGACAUCGGCCUCGCAUUCGGUUGCGUCAUCGCCGCGAUUCUCGUCAGACUGACGGAUGUAGUACCGCCUAUCAUCGUGAACAGCGACGUCGGGGACAUCUGCGGGGCCGAGUACUGCUCGGAGGAGACGUACUUCUACAACGAAUCGCUCUAUGUGCCGACGGUCACGUCGGGCACGUCGAAGGUGCUGGUCAGCAUCUGGCUCGGCCUGGCGGUGCUCGGUCUGAGCAUAUCCUGCGCGUUCCUCGACUCCAGGAUGCAGGAGCCGCAGACGAGCCACGAUCGCACCACCGCCCGCGGUAUUCUGAAGUCCGUCAAGUGCGCUUUUCAGGACCCCAAGCUCCAGCUCGCGGCGCCGCUCACGAUCUUCAUCGGGCUCGAGCAGGGCUUCAUCUACGCCGAUUUCGUGGAGGCGUACGUGGUGUGCGCCCUGGUCGGCGUCGGCACGGUGACCUUAAGCUUCCUGAGCUUGGCCGUGCUGCAGGCUCUCGCCGCCGUGACGCUCUCGAUGCUGUUGAGGCACAUUAAAAGGUACUUUGUCGUGGUCGUGGGCUGUGCCUUCCACGCCUGUCUCUUGCUAGUCUUACUCACCUGGAGACCAACGGGAGACGACCCGGCGCUCUUUCACGUCAUAUCAGCUGCCUGGGGAGUCUGUAACUCCAUCUGGGAGACUCUGAUAUACACGCUGGUGAUGGCCCUGUACCCGAACGCGUGGCAGGGGCCGCUGUCGACGUCGCUGUUUUGGCGCUGGCUCGGGCUGGCCCUCGCUCUCGGUAUGCGUGGUCUCGUCUGCACCCGAUACCGCGUAAUGGGCCUCGCCGUGACCCUGGUGCUGGCGGUGGUGCCGUACGUCUGGCUGGAGAGCCGUCUGGCGCGUCGCGGCAAGACGCUCGCGCCCUUAUGACCGGGCGACUCGACCGCUAGC